AUGGUACGCGUUCUCGCAAGUGUGGUUGCGCUUUCCAUAUUGUACGGCAUUCAUGGGGCUCCUGCUGCCAAGGUUGCUGUCAAGGAGGCCACGCGUUCGACAUCUGCUUCUGCUGUUACCGAUGAUCUCAUAACCUUCGAAGGUGCGAAGAAUGUCGUCUAUCAGACGGCUUUUUACUGGGUUGAUCUGGCUAAGUGA